AUGCGCCUGCUCAAUACCAAGAACCUGGAAGUGAGAAGAUUUCCCGAUGCAGAUGGCCAUACACCUCCAUACGCCAUCUUGAGCCAUUGCUGGAGUGCGAACGAAGACGAUGAAGUGCUGCUCGUGGACAUUCAGAAUGGCACUGCGGAGACCAAGAAGGCGUAUCCGAAGCUCGCGGCCGCCAUGAAACGAGCACGAGAAUGGAAAGGACGGGAAUUCGAAUGGAUCUGGUGUGAUACCUGCUGCAUCAACAAAGACAGCAGUGCAGAGCUCUCCGAAGCCAUCAAUUCGAUGUAUACGUGGUAUGCGGAGUCGGAAGUGUGCUUCGCAUAUCUUGAAGACGUAGACUUCGAAUCGCCACGGAAGCUUCAAGAAUCGAAAUGGUUUACGAGAGGUUGGACCUUGCAAGAACUUAUCGCGCCUUCGGAGCUCAUUUUUUACGACAAGAACUGGAAUCGUGUGGGCAGCAAAACGUUCUCUGCCAUUUGCAGCAUGGUCUCCGAAAGAACUGGCAUUUCUGAAGAUAUACUGAUCGCUCCUGGAAGUCUGCAGUCCGUGUCGAUUGCCCAGCGUAUGUCCUGGGCGGCUGAUCGCAGGACGACCCGACCAGAGGAUAAAGCAUAUUGUCUCAUGGGAAUAUUCCAGGUCAACAUGCCUAUGUUGUACGGAGAAGGUGCUGUCAAUGCAUUCCAUCGACUCCAGGAGCAAAUUAUGAAGGAGAGCAAUGACCACAGCAUAUUUGCCUGGACUGCUAAUGUCGGCAGUGAUUCUACAGGCCGUCAUGGGUUGCUGGCUGAUAGUCCAGAUGCAUUCGCGGAAAGGUCCAACAUUAUCGGGUAUGCUGACUGGGAAGACGAACAGCCGUUCCAGCCCAGCAAUCGUGGACUCCGGAUCAACUUUCAUCUCACGCCCGUGGGUGACGGCACAUACUACGCAGCUCUCAAUUGUCCUAUUCCAUCUCCUCAAAGGGGAUACUUCGGCUUCACUUGUAUCAAACUGGAGAAGCUCGACUCUGGUAUCAAUCAGUACUCACGAGUGCAGUGCGACCAGAUCUUUGGGCUUGAAGUCCGUUCGAACAGACCGAGUAUCGUUUACGUUCGGCAAAAGAUAUCUGGUCAAGACGCGGAUGCGCUCAUGCCCUGGCAUUUCUUCCAGCCUCGAGAUCUGCACUUUUCAUCAGACAUUUAUGACCUGAUGCACUUAGCACAUUUCCCUCUCGAUCCGGCAGAUCAGCAACAUGCUCCCCGGCCAACUGUCAAGCCUUGGAUCGCAGCAGCACAAGCGAGUGCUUUCCAGAUCAUCAAGCGAGCUGGUAGACUUUCAGCUGUCAUGUUCCUGCAACGGAGAACAGAUAACUCUCGCCUGGCAAUCUUACUUGGUAGCAUCGGAGAUACCCAAGUCGGGUUUGACAUCGCGCCGAUUCAAGAUAUGAGCAUGAGCAUCACAGAAAUCGAACAAACCAUGCGACUACAACCCGCAGGAACCCACAUGGAGGCAGGGUCCCAUAAGGUACGCAUCGAUGUUACUGUUCGCAUCGAUGUGCCGCGGAAACUGUACUUGCUCGACAUUGUGGUGGAUGGGAAGGCAGAGCCCGUUGAUCUCAUUGACUUCAGACCGCCGCCGUGUACUGUUCCUGACGCGGUGCAUGAGGUUGUCAAUGACAUCGUGUCGGAUGUGCAGUACGUUGCUACAGAUGUUUCGCUCCGGCCUAGGUCGGUCUUUCGACGAGUCACGAAGUCAUCGAAGCGGUGA